AUGGAUAAAACAAAUGCAUUAAAUAAUCGAACUGAUUCGACAAAUUAUGUUCGAGAAUUAAAACGAUUUCAACCUAAUAAUACAUUUACAGUAUGUAUUGCUAGUGAAAAAUCUCCUUGUAAUAUUCAAAUUCGAUAUCAAACAAUUGAAUUAGAAGAUGAAAAUCCAAUAUUAUUUGAUCAAGAAAUAAUUCCAAUCGAGAAAUAUGUUCUACAAGGAGAAUUUGAAACACAUCGAUCUCGUCAACUAAUAUUAAUAAUGAACAAUCACGUUCUCCACGUACAAUUUGGUAUCGAAUAA